CCUGAUUUUUUUCGACACAUUCAGUCAGCGCCAUUAAUUGCGACGCGACCCAGGACUUCGCGGAUAUCGGACUGGAAUUCAUGGUUUUGGUAUUGAUCAACUCCUCGUUCUCAUUAGGACCUUCCCCCGCUUAAUUGGGCCGUAAUACACCUUGUCUCUGCCACGAUGCAGCUACGACCGGGAGCUUCACUGCUCCUCAAGACCCGGGCUGCCGCCGUGAGGCCCUCACCUUUCUCGCCAUAUUCAGAUUGCCUCAGGGCCACCGCGCUAGAUGUCAGGAUACGGAAUCAAAGCGCCGCCUAUCACAACAGCCCGAGACGUUCUUCCGCGUGGGGAGCUGCCGUCCAGGUAGCCGGAAACAUCGUCCAGAAUGCCGUCUCCCGGGUGGCAUCCAAGAGCGAUUUGCAUGUCGAUCCCCUGCGCACGGUAGCCAAGGAGAUGAAAUUCCUCACGGGAAACAUAAGACAGCUCCUCGGGUCAGGACACCCGUCUCUCGACCGCGCGGCAAAAUAUUAUACCCAGGCAGAGGGCAAGCAUGUCCGGCCCAUGAUUGUGCUUCUCAUGUCUAGGGCAUCCGCGUUGUGCCCGAAGGCGCCACAGCACCCCCCGAGCGAAACGACCGAGAGGAUAAAUGCCGCCAUAUCUCCCGCCGACAUCCUGCGCGAUGCCAACCCCUCUUCUCCCCUGGCGAGCUAUUCCUCUGAGCCUCAGUCCACCGAAAGCGAUAUCCUCCCUUCGCAAAGGCGUCUCGCAGAAAUCACCGAGCUCAUCCACACGGCAUCUUUACUACACGACGAUGUCAUUGACCACUCGGUGUCAAGGCGUGGCUCCCCUUCUGCCAACCUUGAGUUCGGAAACAAGAUGGCCGUUCUGGCUGGCGACUUCCUCCUCGGCAGGGCUUCUGUCGCUCUGGCGCGCUUGCGGAAUGCUGAGGUUGUCGAGCUGCUCGCUACCGUCAUUGCCAACUUGGUCGAGGGCGAGUUCAUGCAGCUGAAGAACACUGCUCGCGACGAGCGCAACCCCAAGUGGUCCGAGGAGACUAUGACGUAUUACCUACAAAAGACCUAUCUCAAGACGGCGAGUCUGAUCUCCAAAUCGUGCCGAGCUGCGGCACUUUUGGGCCGCGCGGAUGCGGUUACAGUAGAAGCAGCUUAUGCGUACGGAAAGAAUCUGGGACUGGCUUUCCAGCUGGUAGACGACAUGUUGGAUUACACGAGGAGCGAAAAGGAAUUGGGCAAACCGGCUGGCGCCGACUUGGAAUUGGGUCUCGCGACCGCACCUCUGCUAUUCGCCUGGAAGACACAUCCCGAGCUUGGCGCUUUGGUGGGUAGAAAGUUCGAGCAGGAGGGAGAUGCUGCCAGGGCACGAGAUAUUGUCUUGGGCAGUAACGGAGUCGAGCAGACCCGCGCCCUAGCUGAGGAGUACGCCAACAAUGCCAUUGCCGCUUUGGACACAUUCCCGGACAGCGAGGCUAAGGACGGCCUCAUCGAAAUGGCUGUCAAGACCUUGAAGAGAAACAAAUAGACGACUGGACAACCACUCAUGGCAAGAAUCUGGCUAUGGCUCCCUGGAGGUGAGCCGUGUAUAAAGUCGCAUCGCCUGUACGUUGUAUCACCACGACACGCGAGAGCAAUAGAGCGAGGAGGCAAUUGUGCAUUACGGAGUUCUUUGUGUAGAUUCGUAGCCGAGCAGAGGCGACUGCCACGGCAUAUGGGGGUGGCUCAUCGACAAGACAACACGCUGCCGUUGUUGCUGUUGUUGACACUAGACGAGCCAGCAGAUGGUUUCGGCGCCACUGUAUCACUAUGUACAAAUGUAAUGUACCACACACACUUGGGCAAGCAUAUAGAUAGACGGAAGGGCUACACAGAAGGCCGUGUCCACACUCAAUUUAUGAUUGAAAUACGUUGAUCGAA